AUGGCAAGACUCCCAAGUGCUGCACUGCAUACUCUGUGGAUCUUUUUCUUUUCAUAUACGACAAACAAAGUUACAGCUGCAGGACAUGUCCAGGAAUUUGCAUGCUUCACUGACUAUGACAAAGAGCUGAUUUGUCACUGGAGGGUGCCUGCACAAACAAAUUGCUCCAAAGAAUUCCUGCUCUACUACAGGAAUAAAUCUUUUCUGCCAAAUCAUGUGUGUGUCCCUGAGAAUGGAAAAGACAGUUUAAGGUGCACUUGCACAAUAUGUCCAGAUUAUUUUGUAUUUGGCCUCACUUAUGUUCUAGCUCUGCAGUUCAAUGGGACUGAUAUGUGGAAUUACAGUGUUACCCCAGCCCGGGUUGUUAAGCCAAGGGCCCCCAAAAAUCUUGCCAUUGAGAAAGCUGAAAAUGGUAAUUUCAAUCUGAGCUGGGAGGAGAGCUACUCUCCUCCAUCCAUGCUCUCUGGACAGCCGGUCAUCUAUGAAGUGAAAUACUGGAGGAAGCAGCACCCAACAGAGGUUUCUGUAAAAGCAAUUAACUACCAGGCAAAAAGCCUUGAAAUUCCUGUGAGCUCCUUGAGGAGAGGCUAUGAUUAUGUUGCAAGUGUAAGGUGCAACUACACAGACUACCCGGCCUACUGGAGUGAAUGGAGUGAAGAAGUUGAAUUUCACUAUGAUUACCGAGUAACAGCUGAAGACAUUCUGCAGAUGGCUGUCCCCAUAUCCUGCAUACUGAUCAUGGCAGUAUCUGUCAUUUGUUACUUCUGUUUUACCAAAGUGAAGAGAGAAUGGUGGGAUCAAAUCCCAAAUCCAGCAAAGAGCCAUUUGGUCGUAAAAAAUGUCAAGUUUUCAGUUUUGUGCUACAUUGAUGAAAUUAAGUUCCCUUUCCAUGACUUAAAGCAGAGUCAUAUGGAAAACCAAAUAAGUUGCAAGAACUGUCUGGCUCAAGGUUUGUCAAGCCAAAACUUCAAGGGGAAAGAUAACAUCAGAAACGUUGAGAAAUCUUGCAGUUGCCACAGCAAGUCCGGAGAGUGGUUUCCAAAAGGCAGCAGCACAGUUUUAACCCCUGAGACAAUUCUGGUUGAAGAGUCUAUAGAAAUCUGUGAAUGUUUGACAGACAUUGAGAGCCAGGAAGAGACUAGUGACCAGAUCACCAUCUUUGAGCCUUGUGCGAGCAGUGUUAGUGCUUUCAGAGAGCACGCUGAACACAAUGAUGUGCUAGCCAGCAUGUUUAUUGACCUCCUGACAGAUGAGAGCAACAUGCAAGACAACAAGGACCCAAACAUCAUCACUGGUGAGAAUAAAACCUUUGAGAAACUUGAGUCAGAAAGUCAGGCACUGCAAAAUCCAAAAGAAAGUGCAGCCCGGAGUCAGCAGCCAUGUGAUGUUUCUCAUACAGUCUCCCUUUUCACCAAAGCCUCUCAAGAUGAUUACAACUGUAGCACAGGCAGCAAGAAGUCAGAACAAUCAGAAGAAUCCUUUGAGUCUGGCUAUCAGAGCUCCAGCAUAAAUUCUGCUUCUGUUGAUGCAGGAGAUCUUCAACAUACGUUUCAUCAAAGCCUUGUUCCAUGCAGUUCAGAAAGUCAGCAUGACUCGUGUGUCCUGAUCCAGGAAUCUCCAAAUAAACCAUCCUUCGGGACCAAAAGAGACGCAAUAAGCAACCUUGCACACAAGAGUUUUGAUACGCUUUUGUCUCCAUCCAUGGAGCUGUGUAGCUCUGCAUAUAAGAGCUUUGACACCCUUAUGUCUCCAUCUGUGGAGCCCUGUGGUUCUGUCUACAAGAGCUGUGACACCCUUAUGUCUACAUCUGUGGAGCCCUGUGGUUCUGUCUACAAGAGCUGUGACACCCUUAUGUCUACAUCUGUGGAGCCCUGUGGUUCUGCCUACAAGAGCUUUGAUAUUCUUGUGUCUGCAUUCAAGGAACCAAGUAGCUCUGCAUAUAAAAGCUUUGAUACCCUUAUGUCUCAGUCUAUGGUUAACAGUGGCCUGACUGUGUGUUCUGGAAAUGUGUGCUGCUCACCACCUUUGACACAGUUUUCAGAGACACAUGCAAAUGACAGUGCUUCAGCUUUCCUACUAGAGGAGGAAAUACAUAAGCAAGUAACGUGUCAAAGUGUUCAAAAGAAAGCCAAUAUAAUUUCUUGUCCCGUUGGACCUCAACCAUCUGGUUAUCAAUCUUUCGAUAAUGCAGUUAAAUGUAAGGGUACAUACUGUGACAAUGACAGUGAGGUUAUCUCUAGGUCACUACAUGAAUCCUUCAUUUGUCUUUUAUACAACAACCUGAGAGAAACACCUCCAGAUACCACGAUCUGUGAACCUGGCCAGAGGACAGAUGACCACAUCUGUUCGAUUGUACAGGGUUUUGACUGCAGCAUUGUCCCAGGUUUAGCCUCUAGUGAGGACGUCACACAGACCAGUGAUGACAGCCUUUGGAUCAUCAACUCUAAUGAGCUGUCUAGUGAUGGCAAAGAUGAAAAUACCAGCAGAGAUGAACCGCUGUUGCAUUUUUUAGAGCUGAACUGUCAAGAUUUUGACAGCAGAGAAAGAACUAUAAAGGGGACAAAACCCAACAGCUUGAACUGUACUGGUAAAAGAGCACAAGAAAGCAGCAGUAACAGACUAAAUACUGACUUUCACUGCCACAUGCACAGCCGCUUGAGGGAACUUGGAAAUGCAGGGGAAGAUAAAGAGGUGACAAAGCAUGUGGUGGGCAGGAGGGGUGGCUCAGUAGCCAACUUACCAGAAGAACCACUGGACAGCAUUGGGCUAAAUUUAGAGACAAAAACUGCAGAGCCCCUGGAGCUCCUGGUGUCAGACAAGUUGUCACCUCCUCUUUUUGUGGAUAACUCCUGUCCUUCUGAUUCUCACACUGUUCACAGUGAGGGAUCCAGACUGGCACCUGCAGUUAAAAAAAGAUCAGUAGAACUAUUGAGGGAAAACAACAGGAAGAAUGAGAAAAAAAUGAAACUUGUACAAACCCUUGCCCAAGAGGACAACUGCUACAUGAAGGUAGCCUAG